AAGGAAAUAAACCAGAUGAUAAUUGUUCACAUUAUGAACUCUGUCCAAACCCCUCAUUACAAUACAAAACACCAGGCACAUGCUGUUGUAAAGCACAACACAAGUGAUUAAGUGUUUAAGUUAAUCAUUUAUGUUGUUAUGAGGAAGUGAACUUUAAGCCUGAGAUGCAUUAGAAGAAGAAUCUCCAGGAAACCAUUAUGUUUAGACUUUUACCAUACCAAAUUGGACAAAUAACAAGGGAAACUGGUUUAGCAAUACAGCCUGUUUCAGAUCUCAAGUGAAGCUGUGACAGUUUAUUAAAGGCAACAUGAAAGCAGACGACAAACUUCAGAUCUUGAAAUUCUUUCUAAUGCUGGUCAAUUCCUUCUUUGUGAUUCUUGGCAUCAGCAUUUUUGCAUGUUCUGCUUGGAUUUUAUUUGAUAAGGACAGCUUUGUAAGUGUUCUCAGCUCUGAACAGGAAGUGAAGGUGGUGGCUGGGGGGCUCUUUUUCAUUGGCCUUGUUGUGGUUUUGGUGUCCUUGCUGGGUUGUGCUGGUGCCUAUUUUGAGAGCCGAUGUUUCAUCAUAUUUUAUAUGUGCUUCUUGAUCGUCAUCAUACUGGGUCAGCUUUUCAUCACCUUUGUGCUAUUAAUACGAAGAGACAAGAUUGAGCAGUUUUUGAGGGAUAAUGUGGACGAGAUCAUUAGGGAGUAUGGAGGAAAUGAAACCCAAACGUCUUGGAAACUUCUAGACAGUGUGCAGACUUCUGCACAAUGCUGUGGUAGGCUGACCUCAAACGAAUGGAGGAAUAACACAUUUAUUGAGUCCUGGGGGGAGACUGACAUCUACCCUUGCUCCUGUUUUAACGGUACCUGCCCUGUAAUUCUGCCUGGAACACACAGCUUUGGAAGCGGAUCAGACAUCUAUGAAACGGGCUGUGAGAAGGUUCUAGUGGACUGGUUAGAGAUGAAUAUAAUCGUAAUAUUUGGAAUGGAUGUUGGGCUUCUUUUGAUUCAGAUUCUGCAGUUCAUCUUUGGUGUCCAAACCUUCAAAUGCAUCGGCCGUAAAACGAGGGAACUGCAUCCCAAUAAUCUCCUGAACGCCAUGGAGGAGAAUCCUGCAGCGCAGCCUGAACCCCAGCAGUACAGUAUGGAAAAUCAGCAGUUUGAUACUCAAACCUAUGACCCUCAAACGGACAAUGGCUACUAUCAUCACGGUGGAUAUGUUGCCGGGAAUUAUGACCAGUGUAACAAUCCUGAAUUUUAUGAACCGGAUAACCGUCAAAUGUACAAUAGCCAUCAUAAUUUGCAAUACCAGCAGAGCUGCAAUGGCAGUUAUGGUCAGGGAUACAUGCAGCACCAGAGCUACAAUCCUGAUGACUACUGAAGCCAGAUUUCUUCUCUCGUGUAACGUGAUCAGAUUGGGAUGGGCUAAUUUGCGGUUUUAAAAAUAGCAUUCUGUGGUCUGUGCCUGACCAAAGACACUUAAAACCUUCUCGUAAGACCAUUGUUUUGUUUCACUACGUUCAGGUUAGUGCCUGUUCCCAGGAGUAUCAUUUGUCAUUUUAAAGACAACCAGCAUCUUUUUCUCAAACAAUUCAUUCCAGACCUCUAAGGUCAAAGGCUUUUUAAGACAAAAUAUUUCUGUAGAAGUCAGAGCUCAGGGUUUGAUGACAGACAAUUAACUAAUUUUUCUGGCAGAUUUUCCAUUUUAUUUUAAUGCCAUGACAAGUUUACAGGUAUUUUAUAACUGUAGUAGUGUAAUUAUAUAAAAAUACUGACCUGAAAUUAUAACCAAUAUGAAACAAUCCACAAAAACUAGAAACAAUAAUAAUUAAAACACUGUUAUAUGGUAAAAAUGUUUUUUUAAAUAAAGAAUAAAAAUCUACAUGAUUUCUACUUGAAUCAUACAAUUAAAAAUAAACAUGUUUUAUAUACAUGCGCUAUAUUUAUA